AUGGGACAUAAUAAUCAAGUAAAAGUCAAUCAAGACUCCUCAUCAGAAGUGCUUGAAGUCAAUUACAAGUGGAAUAUUCCAAAUUUCCAGAUCCGAAACAUUUAUUCGGAAAAAUUGAUAUUAGGAGAUGGUAUCGAGUGCACAAUUAUGCUAGUUCCAAAAGUUGAGUCAAAAUAUCAAAAUUUCAAUGAUCGCAUGUUUGCUCGUAGUUACUUUACGGUGUUCUUUACAAAAGUUCCGGAUGAUGAAAAUCGCAAAACUUUCUUUAGUUUUGAUGUGCGUACGAAUUAUAAGCGACGACCUUUAGCAACUGCUGGAUUUCGUAAAGUUAUGAUGACUAUUGAAGGAUUCUGUGGACAAAGAAAUAACUUAAAUUCUUUAGUUUGGCACAAGUUCGUUACAAAAGACUCUAUCUUAGAAUUGGACGUUAAGUUUAUCGUUAAUGACAUCAGCUACAAAUCAUUCAAUCUCGAAAAUUUUGAAAAGGAACGCUCCAAAUUGUCUCAUGACUUUGCUUUGCUUUACAAAGCCCCACAAUUAACGGAUAUGAAACUCAUUUGCGCUAAUAAUGAAGAAAUUUCUGUAAAUAAGGCAUUGCUUGCUUCUCGAAGCCCAGUUUUUGCCAAAAUGUUAAAUGAUGAUGUUAACACAUAUGCAAUCGAAGAUGCUAGCAAGGAAGUUGCUACCGAAUUCCUGCGAUUCCUUUAUACUGAUACAAUCUCGAUUAAUGAAUUUGAUGCCAACACCACUGAAUUACUGGAAAUGGCUAAGAAGUAUGAAGUUACAGAAUUGGCAAAUUUAUGCAAACAAGACUUGAUUAAUGGAUGUAAGGAUAAGAUGGACGAAUUAUUCAAGAAGUUUAAUGAUCUGUCCUGUGGUGAUAUCUACGGAUUAACUAAUUUUGCUGAAAUAAAUCGCUGUGUAAAGGAUUUGUACAGAGUAUCCAAGAAUAUAAAUUAA